GUGGUGAACCCAGCUCUAGUAGUCAGAAUGAGGUUUUUUUCCGGCGUUUUUCUAAUUUUAUUAAUUAAACUUUUCCAAAAUGCCAACGCUGGCGAGGUGGAAGUCGUCGGCUGCGGUGGAUUCAUCAAGAGUCACGCCGAGAUCGACUUUUCCCGGGUGGAGAUCAAGCUGCUGACGAAGCAGGGAUCACUAAAGGACAAAACGGAUUGCUCGCCUUCAAAUGGAUACUACUUUUUGCCCAUUUACGAUAAGGGCGACUACCUCUUGAGUAUUUCCCCUCCUCCGGGAUGGAGUUUCGAGCCUGAACAGGUGGAACUGAGCUUUGAUGGCAAGACUGACGUGUGCAGUCAGGGCCACGAUGUGAACUUUGUGUUCAAGGGCUUUGGAAUCACUGGACAGGUGGCACUUGCCUCCGGGGGCGGAGCUCGUGACGUGGACGUGGAACUUAAAUCGGAGCAGGGCGAAGUUCGACGUACCAAGACGGAUGCCAGCGGGGUGUUUUCCUUCACUCCCAUUAUUCCCGGGAAGUACGUGGUGAAGGCUUCGCAUCCUAGAUGGCACUUUUCCAAGGCGGAGCACACUGUAGUCGUGGUCAGCGGAAACACCGAGCUGCCGGCUAACUCCAUUGUGGUCUCCGGUUUCGAUGUUGUGGGUCGCUUUGAUUCCAGCACACAACUUCCCGGAAAUUUGGGUGUGGCUAUUUAUAAGAAAAAAGGACAAUCUCUAGUGCCAAAAUGCCAGAAAGCCCCGUCAGCGCCGGCAAAUAGUGCCAACAGUGCUUACGAAUCUGAAGCCUCAUGCUUUUCCCAGCUGGACAAAUCAGGAGAAUAUAACUUUAAGAAUGUACCCUCUGGCAAAUACCUGUUGCAAGCUGUUAACCUCGAUUCCAAGCUGAAAUUGCACUUGAGCCCCAAGUUUUUGGAAUUAGAAGUCGGCAAGGACACACUGCAACUUAAAGAGGAGUUCAAGAUCACAGGCUUUACCGUUUCUGGCCAAGUUCUGACUUCAGCUGGUGGCGAACCUCUAAAGGCAGCCGUGGUCAAGGUAAAUGGCAAGAAGGUGGCUGAGACUGAUGCCCAGGGCACAUAUACUUUGGAGAACCUUAGCGCUGGCACCGUAAAUAUCGAAGUGGAGUCUUCCCAGCUCCAGUUCACUCCCCUGCAAGUCAAGAUCCAGAUCAACACCGCCUCUCUGCCCACAAUUGUGCCAUCUGCCUACGAGGUGUGCGGCAAAGUUGUGUCUCCAAAAUCCCACAAUGUGGGACUGACAAAGAGUGGUUCCACCUUCCAUACGACGGCUACCACAAAGGCAGAGACCGGAAAGUGGUGUGCCUUCCUGCCUGUGGGAAAAUACACCAUUGAAGUGCUGACUACCGAUGCAGACAAAGCCGCUGGAGUGCAGUUCUUCCCCGUUCAACAGCAGACUGAGGUUCGGAAUGCACCAGUUAAUGGCAUAACCUUCUCACAGCUGCGUGCCAAGAUCCGCGGCGAACUCCAGUGCCUGCCCGACGCCACCGGCACCUGCACAUCCGCUGAAGUAACUCUGCAGGCUCUGGAUGCCACUGGUCAGCCCACCGAGAACAAGUGGAAGGCCAGAGCUCAUCGUGGCAAGUACGUGUUUAAGGAUAUGCUGCCAGGACCCUAUGAACUGACCAUUCCCCAGGGAAAUCUCUGCUACGAGUCCACCCGUGUGUUCCUGAAUGUCGCCUCAGCCGAAGAAGAUGCGCCACCAUUUGUGCACAAGGGCUAUGAGGUGUCCAUCAUAUCCAGCCACCGUGCAUUGAUGAAAUACACCCAUGUAACUGGACCCUCUGAACCCAAGGCGCCUACCGAAACCCUAAAAAUUGCGUCAGGGGUAAAUACUUUCUGUGUGAACAAAUAUGGAAGCUACGACUUCAAGCUGGAGGGAUGCCACACGUAUGACAGCUCGUUGCCCAGCAAAUUCAUUACCCCGGAGCCCGAUCAGCUGCAAACUCUGAUCAUUAAUGCAGUGGCCCACAAAACUGGUAUUCGUGUUCUGUCCACCGAACCCACCGCUGAGUCCAUUAAGCUUGUGCUCGAAUCCGAGGCGCUGGGACAGGAGGUGAUCACACCAGUUGCAGAGUCCCACAAAGUGGAUGGCAAGUUCGCCUACCGCUAUGAAACGUAUCUGAAACCGGAGCAAGUCCUUCGCAUUACACCAGUGAGCGAUGUCCUUCUGUUUGCGCCGCAGCAACAAGAGAUUGUGGGAGGCAGCGACUGUGUGGAUAUUGCCUUCAACUUUGUGGCCACCAGGGGCUUGAUUCUGCGCGGAAAGGUCGUUCCUGCCAUCAAGGAUGCCAAGAUCACACUGUCCUUCCCGGAUCAGCCAGAGUUGCAGAGCCUGGAAACCCUUACUUCGAUCACGGGCGAGUUCAAGUUCGGUCCCAUUGAGGAGUCUCUGGCCUUUGAUCUUAAGGCCGAAAAGGAGUCGUACGUGUUCAGCGAUUACAACCGCCAGUCGGCUUCAUUCAGUGCCCACAAACUGUGCGAAAUUGCUGUGGUUGUCAAGGAUGAGGCUGGUCAGACUUUGAGUGGAGUACUCCUUUCGCUGAGCGGUGGUGAGAGCUAUCGCAAGAACCUGGUCACCGGCGACAAUGGUGCGAUUAACUUCCAUUCCCUUUCGCCAUCGCAAUAUUACCUGCGACCCAUGAUGAAGGAGUACAAAUUCGAGCCCAACUCCAAGAUGAUCGAGAUUAAGGAUGGCGAGACUGUUGCUGUUACCCUAACUGGCAAGCGCUAUGCUUACUCCAUCUUUGGCUCAGUGAGCUCUCUCAAUGGUGAUCCCUUCGCCGGCGUAAAUGUUCAGGCCACCGCUGAGGAUGGCUGUCCCCAACAGCAGGAGGAGGCCACCAGCGAGGCGAACGGACAAUACCGCAUUCGCGGCUUGCAGCCCGGCUGCAGUUACUCCGUUCGCGUGGUGCCUGACAAGGAAACCGUCGAGCGCUCCAUUCCCGCCCAGCACUCGGUGAAGGUGGGCAGCGAAGAUGUGCGCGACAUUAACCUGGUGGCUAUUAGCCCCCUUAAGAUUGUGGACAUCACCGCCAGGGUGACAGCCACACUUAAUGACCACUACAAAACCCUUCGCAUUGUGAUGUACCGCAAGGGAAACUCCGAUUCACCGGUAUUCUCGCAGCGGGUCGGCACUCCAGUGAACCCCAAAGCCAGACUGAAUCCGGGCAUCACCGUUUUCUUCCCACGCAUUCCCCUGGACGGCAAAAGCUACGUGGUAGAGCUGCAGUCCACACUCUCCGACAAAACAUAUACCUACAAGCUCCCAUCGGCGACAUUCGUGGCUGACCGGGGCUCCGUGUUCCUGCAGCUGGAGUUCAAGCCUGAAGUGCGCGCCGCCGAAGCGGAUCUCAACCAGAACUCCAUCUCGGCGCUGGUGCUCAUCGCCCUGGUGGCCAUCGCCUUCUUCAAGCAAGAUCUGGCCACCAGCUUCCUCAGCUUUGUGUGGAGCAAGCUGAACGAUGUGGCCGCCGAUCUUGCCCAGCGACAGAAGAGCAAGACGCAGGUGCGCAAGAACGAGCCAAUCAACCAGCGCGAGAUCGAGCAGAUGGCCGAUCAAAUCAAUGCCAUCAAAAAGAAAAAGACCAAGAAGAUUUAGUCCCGACUGAUAGUCGCAUUAGUUGAUCAAUUUAGUCACAUUUCGAGGUAUUUGCGGUAGGUAUUCAUCUGGUUUUGUUUUCUGUGAGAUUUUGUUUAACCCUGUUGUAACUUAACUUAAACUUUUACUUUUGAAUUGCAUUUAAAAAGACUUGGAAUUUUGUUCAUUUUUCAUACAGAUAUUGAGGCAAGUUUAUUUUGUGUUCGUUAUCCACUCUUAUAGCUAAAAUAAAUAAAUACGAAUAAAUAGAUUAAUUUAA